AGGAUUUCACUGAUACAAUGAUAAGCAUUAAUUUCAACAAAAAUUUAAUCAAUUUUCUUUUGAAGGGAACUCUAAGAGCCUUCUCAUAAUUGAUAGAGAAGCUAUACGUAGUAGAUUCCUGCCACUCGAGAUCUGAAGGGAGACAAAUAGCAAGCGGGGAAUUCGAAUUUUCCAUGUUCGAGCGAGUUAUCAUUUUGAUGAAGGUAAAGCAACUAAGAAUACCCUUUUAUAACUGUUCUGAAAAAGAACUUCAAUAGGUUGAAAAAACCCCGAGGUAUACAAGGAAGCCAAAUUAUGUGGCAGGGAAGUUGCUGCUCGUUUGAAUUAUCUAUAAUGAUAAGCCUUGAUCAAUUUCCGGUGACUGUCAAUCAUGUGAUGACGCGGCGCUGAUAUACAGAGAAGGCUCAUACAGUGCAAUGACCUCUUGGAAGCAAAAAUGUCAAAUCGUGUGCUUUGGAAUAAAGGGUAAGGAGGACAGUAUACUUGAAGCUGUCGCCCUAAGGUGUAAGCUUGUUGUUGACAUUGCAUCAUUGUAUCAUAACGAAGUUUUCGUUUCCUCUUUCCGCGUCAAUAUCGCGGGCUUCAAUAUUCUACACUCACCGGACGUUUGUUAGGUAAGUAGUGUAGGAUUACCAAAGCACUAGACUAAAGCAAGUCACAAUGAACUGAUGUUUUAUUGCAACAUAAACAAACAUUCGUAGGCAAAGCAUAUCCUUGAUAUUUCGUAAGUCCUCAUACGAAGGCCCACCUUGGUGCCGCCUAAAACUCUAAACUUUAUACUGGACAGGGGCGGAUCUAGCUUUUUGCUAAAGGGGGGGUUUAACUCAGUGACAAAGGGGGGAGGGGGUCAUUUUUUUGUUACAUAUUGCUUUCUGGUAGCCCAAAGGGGUGUUUAAACCCCCUAACCCCCCCUCCCCCUAGAUCACUUACUACUGGUUCAUUAAAGUGUAAGUUGUAGUAUCUUACGACUUCGUAGGAAAUCUUUUUGGAACUCUUUAGCAUUUUCACACCCCCUACCAAGGAAAUCGACCAGGAAAAGUGAUAUCUGUUUUUUUUCUCAAGCGUGGAGAUCAUGCCGAAAGAGCGACCACUGGGCAUUUGAGCCUCAUGACGUCAAUGAUUGAAAAAAAAGUGUGUUUCGGAAAAGGGGAGUCACUGCCCCCACACCCCCCCCCCCCCCCCCCCCCCCAGUGUUGGUCAAUUCUGCUACGGCCCUGAAAGCCCGAAAGAAGAAAGAAAGUUUAAUAGAAAUAAUAAGGACUAAGAAUAAAACUGAGAGGGUAGGGAAAAAAGUAACGAAAACAAGAUAAAAGUCCCAGUGCGUUGCCAAGUUACGUCACCAAAUACAUGCAAAGUGCAUGCGAUAUACAAUGACGUCACGCUGUUUGGUGGGAUGAAAGCUGGCGUAUACAUCCCAUUCGAUGAUCAAAAUGCGCCCACACACAUGACUGUCACCAAGUGCACAGAGCACUGUUGCCAAACGGGUGCAGCAGAUGUCGUGUUCUUGCUAAACAAGUAUUGUUACUGCGUCAUCUGUUACUCCGUACAGCUAUGCAGCCCUGUUGCCAUAACUCCACCAAGAGGAUUCAAACCUGUCGCUGUCGUACUUAACAAAGGGAUUUUCAAGGUGACAACAUCUGCUCCAACCAAGCCUUUGAAGUCCGUUUUUUCAAUAGCCAUAUCAAGCUACACUAAGCAAAGCGUUGAUCGAGGAACAGAUCAGAAUGUACGGACAACAGCGGGAGGACGAGAAAGGGAAGGACAAGAAGGUCUCACUGGGCAAAUUACACUACCACCAGCAGCAGCGGCGACCAAGAAACCAACGACUUUGCCUCCCACGCGUAUGGUAUCCAAGGAAAGAACCGUAAUUGGAAAAGGGAACGAAGACAUCACCUUGCAAUGUGCAGGAACUAUGGACAUCUUACGUGUCGUGGCAUUCGGUAUUACUGGUGAUAAAGGGACGGUCAAAGACUUUAACAAGUACUGUAAGGCAAACAUGAAGAAAGUGGAUGACUCUAACGUGUGCCUCGUAAGCUUGAAAAAGGUCUACGAAACGAACUAUCCUCCUUUUAUCCAAACGCGUGUAACAUAUAACUGCACUUACCUGACACGUGACCCAGAAUGAGGAAUAUGUGAACGCGCUGAGUAGUCACGCAAAGACCUUAAUUUCUUCUGUUGAUCUUGAUUGGUCACGGUUAAAGAAACAAAGCCAAACGUCACAUAAGCCCCUCACAACGAUAGAAAAUUGCGUAACACUGGGGGAGGUCAAGGUCGGCUUGAUUGAUCACUCAGUUGGUUUCUUAGCUGUGAAGGUUCAUUUGACCAGUUAUCCACCGCUAUUAGUCUUAAAACAGCCCGUAUCAGUAGCCAUCUUUGGAAUAGGUAGCUUAAAGCCCGUCGAACCGAUUUGCGGGAAAACUCAUGCAUAAACGAAACAACAUUUUCAGCAAGUCGGGCCUUCGGAUGAUUUAUAUAGCUUAGAGGUCCACAUAGCUCUUAGGGCAAAUAGGCGAAAUAAGUGGUCACGUAUAAGGUAACUGCCACCCAGCAUGCUUAGCGUAGAGCAUAUAACAGCCACCCAGCAUGCUUAGCGUAGAGCAUAUAACAGCCACCCAGCAUGCUUAGCGUAGAGCAUAUAACAGCCACCCAGCAUGCUUAGCGUAGAGCAUAUUGCAGCCACCCAGCAUGCUUAGCGUAGAGCAUAUAACAGCCACCCAGCAUGGUUAGCGUAGAGCAUAUAAGAGCCACCCAGCAUGCUUAGCGUAGAGCAUAUUGCAGCCACCCAGCAUGCUUAGCGUAGAGCAUAUAACAGCCACCCAGCAUGCUUAGCGUAGAGCAUAUAACAGCCACCCAACAUGCUUAGCGUAGAGCAUAUAACAGCCACCCAGCAUGCUUAGCGUAGAGCAUAUAACAGCCACACAGCAUGCCUAGCGUAGAGCAUAUUGCAGCCACCCAGCAUGCUUAGCGUAGAGCAUAUAACAGCCACCCAGCAUGCUUAGCGUAAAGCAUAUAACGGCAUCCCAGCAUGCUUAGCGUAGAGCAUAAAGCAGCCACCCAGCAUGCUUAGCGUAGAGCAUAUAACAGCCACCCAGCAUGCUUAGCGUAGAGCAUAUUGCAGCCACCCAGCAUGAUGUAUUAUCUACCACCUAGCCAAAACCUUGCUCCGAUACAAAAAUAAAAGUGCGAUAUUAGCGGAAGGAUUACA